CCAAGAGAACAGAAACAGUAGUAGUAGAACUGUACAGCAAAUCGCAAGCAUGGGGCAGAGUGCGUCGAAGGGAUUGAGCAAAGCGGCGGAAAAGGCAGCGAGACAGGCACCUGCGAAACUGAAACGACCACCGAUUCCCAGCCGGGUGCYCCGGACCCAGGAAGCCUCGGCCCAGAAUCCAGAGAGUUUUCUGCGGGGACAAGGGAUCGGUGCCCAGGACCUACGGGACAGGGGCCAGGAAAUGUACCUGCAGCACGCGCAGCAACAGCGACAGCAGCARCAACAACARCAACAACAACAACAACAAGCUGCCGAUGCCACGGGCAGCUCUCCCUCCGACAACAAGGUAACGACAACGCCCAWCACGGAAAUGCCGGAGGACCUUCUGAAGUUCAUUCAGGACGUGGGACCGGCCAGGCAGAGCGUAGACCGCGACUUUACGACAUCGAGGCUCCUGAAGGAGGAACACUCGGACGAGCUCAACAAGGCGGAGAGCGCCCGCACGGCGAAACGAGAACGAGUGCGGAUGCCCCUGAUGCAGGGCGACGACAAUUUCACGACCGAAAAGAACACGAAUUUUUCCGUGGGGGACGUCUCGGCCUCUGUCGCCGACGAGCACGAUUUUGGCCUCUCUAAUCUCCAGCUGUACGACUUAAUGGUGGCAAGCGACGCAGGCGUAGAUGACGCCGUGGACGUGGAUGCAUUCCAUGAAAAGGCAGUUUCCGACAACAGAGAGGACGAAGGCCGACCAGAUCCACCCUCGGCGGCAUCGCUGAAGGAGGCCGAAAAGUYGAAGGCGAAAGAGCUCGCAUUGUUGUCGCAGACCCUAGAGGUGCUAGAGAUACCCGCGCUAAGAAUGAAUGCGGACGGCGACAUUCUUGGCUUGUACAAGAACGAUGUCCCGGGGCCCGAAAUGACCACGAUCACGACGAUACCCGAAGACAAGAUAAUAAUGGUGCUGAAGGACUUGUCGAUCAAUGGGAAAUCGAACAUGCACGCUGAGCGGACACCCACGGGGCAUUGAGGAGGCUCGAGGCUACAGAAACACCAAUAAAAUAUUGUAACCGAA